AUGGCUUCCACAUCCCCCGCCGCCACCAACGGCGACGCCGCCCCCGCCAGCUAUGAUCUCGUCCUCAAGCUCGCUCCCCAUCUCGACCGCCACAUGAUCUUCCCCCUCCUCGAGUUCAACGCCGGCCGCCUCAAGGAAGAUGAGCAAGACAAGGCUCGCGAGAUCCUCGCCGCCAAGUACGCCCUCCUCAAGAAGACCAACAUGACCGACUACGUCGCCAACCUCUACUGCGAGCUCGAGGGCCUCAAGGAGCCCCCCGCCGAGUACGCCGAGCGCCGCCAAAAGGUCUUCCACCAGCUCGAGAAGUACGAGCAGGAGACGGCCAAGAUCACCGAGCUCCUCCAGCGCGACGAUGUCGUCAACAACCUGCGCUCCGACAAGGUUGCCAACUUGGAGUUCUUGAAGAAGGAGCACGAGGUCACCCUCGACAUGGUCAACGCCCUCUACGACUUCGGUCAGCUCCAGUACUCCUGCGGUAACUACGCCGAUGCCUCCGAGCUCCUCUACCGCUUCCGCGUCCUGUCCACCGAUAACGACAAGGUCUCGUAUGCCACAUGGGGUCGUCUUGCCUGCGAGAUCCUCAGCAUGAGCUGGGAGUCCGCCAUGGAGGAGCUCCAGAAGGUGCGCGAGGGCAUCGACACCAGGCUCGCCAACAACCCGCUUGCCCAGCUCCAGCACCGCACCCAGCUCGUCCACUGGGCCCUCUUCCCUCUCUUCAACUACGACAAGGCCCGUGAGCCCCUCCUCGACCUCUUCUUCAACGCCGGCUUCAUCAACACCAUCCAGGCCAACUCCCCCUGGAUCCUCCGCUACCUCACCGUUGCCGUCAUCACCAACCGCGGCCGGGCGAAGAACGCCGGUGUCCAGCAGAAGCAGAUGAAGGACAUUGUUCGCAUCGUCAAGCAGGAGGCCUACGAGUACCAGGACCCCGUCACCCGCUUCGUCCACGCCCUCUGCAUCGACUUUGAUUUCGAGGAGGCCCAGCACCAGCUCGUGCUCGCCGAGGAGGUCCUUAGGAGCGACUUCUUCCUGCUCGCCCACGCCGACGACUUUGUCGACUCGGCCCGCCACCUCAUCUUCGAGAGCUACUGCAAGAUCCACGCCCGUAUCUCGCUCAAGGACCUUAGCGCCCGCCUCGGACUCAACAACGACGAUGCCGAGAAGUGGAUUGUCAACCUCAUUCGCGACACCCGCCUCGAUGCCAAGAUUGAUUACAAGGAGGGCACCGUCGUUAUGAACCACCCCCCUAGCUCGGUCUACCAGCAGGUUAUCGAGCGCACCAAGGGCGGUUUCUUCAGGACGCAGGUCCUGACUGCUGCUGUUGCCAGAUAG